AUGAAACUGGUCAUUCCAAAGGACCACCCCAUUCAUUCAACGAGCAACGGUAUAGUCGGUACAGUCCAGGGACCCUCAACGUUCACAAAAUGGUACCCCAUGUCAUUCAAAGUAUCCGACACGAGCACCGGUGAUAUUACCAGUCGAUUAGCCUCAAAACAGUCGGAACCAGGACAGAAAUUCACCCCAACGCGUGGAGUCAUAAACAACGAAAUGAGCCCGACGGAAUUCAAUGCGGAUCUGUAA